AUGUCUAACAUGACCAUGACAAAUACAAAUGGUAGAAGAAGAGUAUCAGAAAGGUUUACAAAACAACAAAGCGAGAGAACUGUUAUUGAUAUCUUAACUAUCAGCAUUUCUUGCAUUUUCUUUUUACGUGGAUUUUUCCAUGACAGCUUUUUCACCGAUGAUAAGUUUUACAUCAACAAAGACCUUGCAAACAAGAAAUUUAAGAAAGACUAUAUCAGAGUCAAAAAAAUCAAAAGAAAUGUAUCUGAUGAUGUGGAUAUGAUUCUAAACUGGAUUAAUAUAUCAAUUCAAGAUGCUUUACACAAGAAAUAUUUAAAAGCAAUCAAUGUGUCAAUUCUUCUUGAUGAUAAGGUGCCGGCAAAAGUUUUCGAGUCUUACGUUUUUGAUGUAAAGUAUUCUGAUAUACAGCCGGAAUCCAUUUCCUUCAAUGAUGAUAUCCUUAUAUCACCAGUUGAAUUAACUAAGCUUCAAAUUUUUAAUCUAUUGAAAAAAAUUAUUUUACUUACACAAGCUUUACCACCAUUACCAAGUAAGAAAUUUCUAAGCAUGAGAUUGUUGUUCAACGAUAAAUGCCCAAACGACUAUUAUCCGGAAUACUUUACUGACUGCACAAAUUGUAAACCAGAUUCAAUCAGGAUUCCAGUACCUGUUUAUAACGAUAUUGUUGCAGAUUGCGGUGGGGUAAAUUCUGUACAUCACAAUGUAACCGCAAAGUUGGUUUCAUUAUCCACAUUAACCAAUUCCGAUUAUGAAAACGCAAAUAUUAUCGAUGUGGACCCAUUUGAGAUUUUUGGAUGCAUGAAAGAGGAAAAUGAUAAAGAAAAGGAUGACAUAAUUAGCCUCAACACUCAAGUUUCUCAAGUGACAAAAGAUUUAUAUGACAUGUUAACGACUUACGAGAAUCAAGUUCAUGACGGCGAAACUCAAGUUCAUAUGAAAUCCAAUGACGCAAGUACAAAGGAAAUCGAAGAGAAUAUUACUAUCUCCUGCGAAUGUAAAGCUGAGACCUACCUACCAUAUACCUCGUUAAUAAAAUGUCAGAAAUGUCAAAAGUGGGUUCACAAAGUUUGUUAUUCAUACCAGUCAAACCCUCCAGAUUUCCUAUGCAUUACAUGUGCUGGAAAUAUCAGUUUGGAUGACGAUUUGCAAAUUUUGUUCAAUAUUAGAAAACUAAUAGCCUGCUAUGAAAGCAACAACACAUCACAAAUAGUGUCUUUAACCACAGCGGCUGAACAAAUUGGAUUCACAUCAACACAAAUGUUGACGAACCAAAAGAUCUCCAGAAGCGUUAUAGACGCCUUUUCAGUUUUAAUAUACAAAGGACUACUUUCGUUUAAAGCCCAAAAGUCCUUCAACCAUAACAUUUUCAGUGUUGAAUUUGAUGGACUUUUGGUAGAAAAUAAGCCAAUAUCAAUCGGCAAGUAUUUUGUUCAACCCAAUUUCAAUAACAGAAACACCAUUAACAAAUUACUUGAUUUGAAUUUUAAUAGGUCAAAAUCGUUUCAGGAAAUUUUAGCAGAUUAUAAUCAAUCUAAUGAUGAGACUAUGGUUGAAGACGAAAAUUACUCUGAAACUCUCUCCAAGUAUAAGAAGAUGAAAAUCAGCAAGUCCAAGGAUAUUUUUCAAAUUUGA